CGACGAGUGCAUAUAACACAGGUGAUACAGCUGUUAAUAGGGUGGCGAGUGGCGAACUUUGUAUGUAUAUGAGUGAGUGACCACAAGUAACACAGGACUCAGACCCUUACAACACGGUGCGAAGGGGUUACAACGCGAAUGUCAGUGUUCUCAGGUGGUUGUUACUGAUCGCGUGCACACACACGUACGAGUAUAGAGACACUCCAACAACCAGACAGACAGACAGGGCGGGGUGAUAUAUUCAUACACUACAGUAAAUGCUAGAUACUGGUUCACAUUUGAUACAGCUGUACCAACUACACUCGGGUGUGUGCAUUCACACAUUCACGGAGAGUCGUAUAUUCUAAUCAGCUCACAAAACCACUACACAUGCAAAGUACGAGAGAACGGGCGCACAUCACCAUGGUGUCUCAAUCCCCCUUAGUGCAGUUAAAAGAAGCGGCAACCAGCUUUAACAUCCGCAUAAAGCGCAGGGGUGGCUUAAUGGUGUACAUGCUUGUGUUUGUGAUAGGCGUGUGCGUAUGCAUAGUCUCCCAAUCUAAUGCGGAUGCAUUAGGAGACGGUGGGAAAAGUGGGAGGGAUCCACAGAAUGCAGAUACGGGUAGAAUAUACAGUACCAGUAAUAGAGUUAGAGAUACCGACAGUAGGGGUAGUAUAGAUAAAGAAGAAUGGGGCGAGUACUUCAAAACGUUUCUUUCAGGCUCGAAAGCCCAAGACGAAUUUGUCAUGAACGGGGGAGAAGCUGAGCAAGAAGUGGUAGUAGAGAUACCCGACAAUCCUUUUGAUGUGGGUACUAUCCAUCACAAACGGCAGAGAGGCCCUGGAAAGGCCAAGCCGUAUGACUAUGACGAGUGCGUGUGGGAAGGGUAUGGCGAGAUGGAGAAGUCUAAGGCCGUGAUAGUAGGGCUGGUGCGAAAUGCCGGUAAUUCGACCGUAAACCGAGACAUAACGGGACGGGUGCAGAAGCUCGGCGAGAUGUUCGGUACUUAUAAGAUCCUGGUGGUGGAGAACGAUUCCAACGAUAGUACUCCGCAGUUGCUCAAGGACUGGCGACUGCGCAAUGAACACGUGCGUAUCAUUGCGAGCGAGUUCAAGUUUGAUACCAAGAUAGGUAAGAAUGUGGACCAUAUCAGGUUCAAACGUAUGGCGCUGAUACGCAAUCUAUACAUGCUGGAGCUUGCUACCAACUCUGAGUAUGAGGACACAGACUAUGUGCUUGUAUUGGACUUUGACAACAAGGAUGGGUGGGAUGAAGACGGCAUAGCGCACUCGUUUGGGUUGCCCAAGUUCUACAUACCCAACGAGAAAACUGAGAAAGCCAGGGCAUCGGCAGCCUCUCAGGGGAUUGUGGUCGAGAGUGAGAGCGACCGCGCAAACUCCCUGUGGGAUAGUAUGAGUAACAGUGACUCCCAUGCACCCGGAUCUGGGGGUGGACAAUUAAGCAGCACCCACCCGCACCCGUGGCUGGGUACGCGGGACUCUGGGUUUCCGUUAGAGUGGGACAUGGUGUGUGCUAACGGGCGUGUGAAGAAACAGAGAGGGGUCAAGUACUCGUACACCCCCUCUGGAGGCCUUCCCGUGACCCAGUUGGUGCAGGGUGUGGCUGGGGCGAGGGCCAUGGAAUCAGCCACACGGCGUAUGCGGGUGAGGCCCGAUCAUCUGCAGAAGAUUGUCGAUACGAUGCCCAAUGGAACGGUCGAGUACAUCGAGACUGUGCAUGCGCUGAGUUCUAUUGCGAACCACUACCCGUUCUUUGUGUAUGUGGACGAGUUGGGGGACUGGAAGAAGCUGGGGGUAGGCGCGCUGAUUAAGAACCUCAGGCACGCUAUGGAGGUGAGCGGCAUGACGAAGUACAUACUCGAGGAUAUCAUCGAUGCCACGCCCGAUGCGGAGAUGGAAGGCAUGUUCUUUGUACCGGAAGGGGGUGGGGUAAAUAGUGGGGCAGAGGACAGUGGCGCCGGUGGGGCAGACAAUGCAGACAGUGUGGGGGACGCUGACGCGGAGACGGGUGAGAAGCCUGGGGGGGUUAAUGGGGAAGUCGAGGUGAAUAAGGAAGUGUUGGAUGCCCUACGUCAGCUAGAGGAGGACAAGGCCAAACGCACGCGCGUGCACAACAAAAAGACCACCAGCACAGACACACCCCAACACAAGGCCGCGGGGGAUGUGAUAGCCGAUGCUACCAGUGCGGUACACGCCGAGGCGGCUAUCCGCCUGGCCCAGAUGAUUAUGAAGCGAGUGCACUCGCACGGGCGAGAGAGCAGCUUCGCGAAUGCCAUCUCCAGCCUGUACCUACAGGCGGUGCGGGCUCGGGCUGCUGCGGCUAACACGUUACAGACUAACUACUGGGCCGUGGAGGGGAGGUUCUAUGAUUCGUUGGCGUUUAGAGACGAUGUGUUCCACAACGGUAACUUCAGGGCGCACCAGUUUGUGGCACACGACCCGCACGAUGCGCCGUACUAUGUGGGGUCGUGUUUCGGUGGGCUUUCUAUUUAUAGACGGGAGAGUAUGAAGAUGUGUAGGUACGAUUCGGAGACAAAGGAGUGCGAACACCACAGCAUCCACAAGUGCAUGGCAGAGCACGGGUACAACAAGUUCCUGUUCAGCCCGGCCAUGGUGGUCGAGUACUAGGACUGGGCGUGCGGAGAGUAUCGAUCCUAAAGAACCCCCUCAGUCACAUAGCAUAGGCGUUUUCACCGUGGUUGUAGCAGCAAUUAACCGCACACACCGUAUGCCUCAUGUGGUGGGCGCGUAUCUCCCAUGGAGUCCAUACAAUAUAUGAAUUUAUCCGCAGAGUAUGUGUAUCUGCAAUACAUGGAUGGGCUGGCGCGAUCGCUUAUGACGUACCCGUUUUGCCCAAGCGUUUAGCUGAAUGCGUGCAGGUCAGUAGAUCGGGGCAUGUCUUUUGUCCCAUCCCAGCCCACUCGGCCCUUAUUAAGCAGCGGGAUGCACACAUCCAUCUGUGUCUGCGUUAUCUUUUGGUAUCCAAUCUGGCGAAUCCCUUAUAUCCUGCGAGUGUUCUAUAUAUAGAACUACUCAAUACCAGCACGGGCAGAGCAGCACGCUCGGGAAUGCCCAGUACGUGCAUCGAUAAUACCGAGAUGCGAUGUUGUGUAUAUCAAGCGUAGAGCCUGUUAUGCGCAUAUACAAAGAGUUUGUAUAGGCACAGGCGUAUGUACUAGGCUUACACUACUUAGCUCGUUGAGAAGCAUCAAGCACCUGUUGACGCAACAUUGUGUCGCAAACCCACCGCGCCUAUGCGGACCAAAGAGAGAUACCCAGUGGUCAGACAAUAUGCACACAUUCGUACCAAUAGUUGGCUGUGGACGAGAUAUGUUAGAUUCAUGGCUAUUGUCGAAUAUAUGUCUUUCGCAAUAGGGGUUGAUGACGACCAAUUGAUAAGUAUACGUGGUCAAAGGGCCAUGUCUGUGUUCAUAACAGAAUGUUUGUAAUCAAAUAAACAGUGGCCCCAACCUAUUGCUGAGGCAGUCCAAGCAAGAGUACACUGUGUGCAUCGGGAUGAAUGCUACAGAGUCUGUGAAGACUCGUGAAUUAUGAUUCUCAUAAAUCAAUAUAGAUACCAUAUAUACUUAUAUACAUAUGUG